AUGACUAACAAAGGAAAAUCGCUGCUGUUUCUUCCUUUCUGCUUUGCUUUUGUCGUCCACUUAACCGACGGAGACCUAAGCUAUGCUAUUCCGGAGGAGAUGAAACGCGGAUCCAUUAUUGGGAAUGCAGCCAAGGAUCUGGGACUGGAGGUGGGCAGAUUGUCCGCUCGUAAGGCCCGUAUCGACUCCGAGGAAAACCAUCAACGUUAUUGUGAAAUUGAUUUAAAAACAGGCAAUGUGCUCGUCGGAGGACGCAUAGACAGAGAGGAGCUCUGCACGGAGAAGGCUUCUUGUGUGCUUAAACUCGAACUGGUCCUGGAGAGCCCCUUGGAGCUACAUCGUGUUUCACUGCUGAUUAACGACAUAAAUGAUAAUUCACCCGCAUUCCCAAAGGACAGGAUGGAAUUGGAAAUAAGUGAAUUGGCUGACAAAGGAGCUCGAUAUCGCGUUAACGAGGCACAUGACGUAGACAGCGGACAGAAUGGCGUCCAGCAGUACAUCUUAGAGAAGAACGACCAUUUCAUUUUGUCUGUCCGUGCGGAUUCCGAUGGUUUGAAAAACGUGGAGUUGGUGUUGGAUAAAGAGUUGGACCGUGAGGAAAAAUGGGAUCUAAGUCUGGUCCUCGUUGCAGUGGACGGAGGCAGUCCGCAAAGGUCGGGAACUGCCAUUAUACACGUUAUAAUAUUAGACGCCAAUGAUAACGCCCCAGUGUUUACAGAGGUCGCCUAUGAAGCGAGUCUACCUGAAAACUCCCCUCUUGGUACUGUUGUGGUUAAAGUGAGUGCUGCUGAUGCAGACGAAGGAGUCAACGGAGAGGUGAGCUAUGAUUUCAGUCGCAUUUCAGAGAGAGGGAAAAGGGCAUUUUCAUUAGACAGCAAAACUGGAGAGAUAAAGGUAGCUGGACCGGUUGAUUUUGAACAGGACUCUAAAUAUGAGAUGCGCAUCAGUGCCAAGGAUGGAUAUGGCCUUUCUUCCGACUCCAAAGUAGUAAUUCAUGUUACAGAUGUAAAUGACAACCCUCCUCUUAUAUUUCUGAAAUCCCGUCAUAACCCCAUACCAGAAAAUUUGCCAAUUGGUACAGAAGUUGGUAUCAUUAAUGUGCAGGAUAGAGACUCGGAGAACAACCGACAGGUCCGCUGCUCCAUUCAGCAGAAUGUUCCCUUUAAACUGGUUCCGUCCAUCAAAAACUAUUAUUCACUGGUGACGACGAGCCCACUAGACCGCGAACUAGUGUCUGAUUACAACAUCACAAUCACUGCUACUGAUGAGGGCUCUCCUCCUCUUUCCUCCUCUAAAAGUGUUCAGUUAUCAGUAGCUGACGUCAACGACAACCCACCUGUGUUUGAGGAGCAGUCCUACAACGCCUACGUGACUGAAAACAACAAACCUGGAUCUACUUUAUGUUCCGUUAGUGCCCUAGACCCAGACUGGAGACAAAACGGUACAGUGAUUUAUUCUCUUUUACCUGGGGAGGUGAACGGUGCCCCGGUGUCCUCCUAUCUCUCCGUUAACGGAGACACGGGGCUUAUCCACGCUGUCAGGUCGUUGGAUUAUGAACAGUUCAGGAGCUUUAAAGUUCACGUGAUGGCGAGAGACAACGGUUCUCCUCCACUCAGCAGCAACGUGACCGUCAGUGUCUUCAUAACGGAUGUGAAUGACAACUCUCCUCAGAUACUUUACCCCGCCCCGGAGGGACACUCCUUCAUGACUGAACUCGUCCCCAAAGCAGCUCACGGGGGCUCUCUGGUGUCCAAGGUGAUAGCGGUGGAUGCAGACUCCGGACAGAACGCCUGGCUGUCCUAUCAUAUAGUCAAAUCCACUGAUCCGGGACUUUUCACUAUUGAUCUCCACAGUGGAGAGAUCAGGACACAGCGGGACAUUUCUGAAUCUGACAACAUGAAACAGAAUCUUAUUGUGGCAGUGAAAGAUAACGGACAGCCCUCUCUGUCUGCCACCUGUUCCAUGUAUUUACUGAUUUCUGAUAACUUGGCUGAAGUGCCAGAACUGAAAGACAUGUCUUAUGAUGACACUAACUCCAAACUGACCUCUUAUCUGAUCAUCGCUCUGGUGUCAGUCUCCACCUUUUUCCUGACCUUCAUUAUUGUCAUCCUGGGUGUGAGGUUUUGUCACAGGAGAAAACCCAGACUGUUGUUUGAUGGAGCGGUGGCCAUCCCCAGUGCUUAUCUGCCUCCUAAUUACGCAGAAGUUGACGGAACAGGAACUUUACGCAGCACUUACAAUUAUGACGCUUAUCUGACAACGGGCUCUAGAACCAGUGACUUCAAGUUUGUGAGAUCUUACAAUGACAACACACUGCCUGCAGACCAGACUCUGAAGAAAAGUCCAACUGAUUUUACCGAGGUAUUUGGAAACUUCGUCGAGUCUCCUGAGGGAUAUUUAUCAGAGUAA